CGUUUGGGCGGCGCCCGCCUCCUUUCUCCCGCGGCGGCCCGGAGUCCUAGCGCGCCGCGCCCCGGCCCCGGGAUGCUGCUCCGGCCCCGGAGGCCGCCGCCCCUCGCGCCCCCGGCGCCACUGUCGCCGACCAGCCCGGACCGCGAGCCGCAGCCACCGGGAGACGCCCCGGCGACCCCGCCCCGGAGGCCCGCCUCGCCGAGCGCGCUCGGGGAGGUCAUGUCGCCGGUCUCCCCGGGCUCCGCGCAGCGCACGCCCUGGAGCGCGCGGGAGACGGAGCUGCUGCUGGACACGCUGCUGGAGCCGGGCGUGUGGCGCGCGCUGCUCCUGGACCGCCGCCAGGCGCUGCCCACCUACCGCCGCGUGUCGGCAGCGCUGGCCCGGCAGCAGGUGCGCCGCACCCCCGCGCAGUGCCGCCGCCGCUACAAGUUCCUCAAGGACAAGUUCCGCGAGGCGCACGGCCAGCCGUCCGGGCCCUUCGACGACCAGAUCAGGCAGCUCAUGGGGCUACUGGGCGACAACGGGCGCAAACGACCCCGCCGCCGCUCCCCGGGACCUGGGCGCCCCCAGCGCGGCCGCCGCCCGGCCCCCGGCGCGCCCGCGCUCGCUCCGAGCGUACCAGAUACCGCCCAGCUGCCGGCCGCGCGCGACCCCGACGCGGACCCUGCCUGGAGGCUCCGUUUCAGCCCGUCCCCGCCGAAGUCUGCGGAUGUCGCCCGCGCCCCGGGCUCCCCGUCAACCCCCGCCCCGACAGCCCUCGCCACCUGCCUCCCGGAGGACCGCGCGCCCGUCCGCGGCCCCAGUUCCCCGCCACCGCCAGUCCCCGACCCGACCCGCGAGGACCCCGACUCGCCGCCCGGCCGCCCCGAGGACCGUGCGCCCCCUCCGGCUGCUCCCACGUCGCUGAACGCCGCCCUGCUGCAGACCCUGGGGCACCUGGGCGACAUCGUGGGCAUCCUGGGCCCGCUGCGCGACCAGCUACUGACGCUGAACCAGCACGUGGAGCAGCUGCGCGGCGCCUUCGACCAGACGGUGUCCCUGGCCGUGGGCUUCAUCCUGGGCAGUGCGGCCGCCGAGCGAGGGGUCUUCAGGGACCCGUGCCAGUGACGCCCGCUGCGGCCAGCCUCCCCUCUCCAGGCCGGGGCCCCUCCACCCUGAUCCCUCCUGCUUUCUUCCCACCCCCGCUCCUAGGUACGUUCAA